AUGGCCACUCGCGAGGGCUGCCACUGUCUGGGCGCCGGGUGGCAAAACAAUAAUAACAGCAUCCUGUACAAUAUACUGAAGAACGACAGCCUCGCGACCACCGAGAAACAACAACAACCAACACCACAACCACAACAACACCAACAGCAUCGCGGGCACAGGGUCCCCUCCUGUGCCUCCCUCUCCUCCUCCUGUUCCUCCUCUUCUUCCUCAUCGUCGCGGCUUGAGCUAAGGCAACAACAGGCAUGCUCGUGCGGCUCCUCACGGCGAAGGGGGUCUCUGCGGUCCCCGCAGGUGACCUGCAAAGCCGCGUCAGCGGUCCUCGUGAAGACUCUGCGGUUCGUGAAGAACGUGCCGUGUUUCCGCGAGCUGCCGGAGGAUGACCAGCUCCUGCUCGUUCGGAACUGCUGGGCGCCGAUGCUCGUGCUGGGCCUCGCGCAGGACCGGGUGGACUUCGAGACCACUGAGACCGCAGAGCCCAGCAUGUUGCAAAGGAUCCUGACCGGUGGCUGUGGCAGCCAGAGCGGCUUAACGGACAGACAGGGCGAACCACUGCUGGAGCAGUGCGCGGGUACUCCUGGGGUCUCUCUCUCGGAUAUCCAGAACAUCAAAGCGUUCCUGAAGAAGUGUUGGGGUUUGGACAUCAGUACGAAGGAGUAUGCCUACCUCAAAGGAACCGUGCUAUUCAACUCAGGUGGGCAGGAUGCUUCAAAACGCCUUAAUUUUCUCACUAAUCAUUGUCUCAUUGUGUCCGUGCUGGAGCACAUGUAAUUAUCCUAAAUACCCAUCUGCAAUGUCAUACAUGUAAUAAUAUAGCACUUUGUCUCUAGUUUUAAAAGUUUGCAAAGCAGUUUCACAGGAAACAAACAACGCUGAUUUAAUACAUGCAUCAUUUCGGCUUAAUGGCAAAUUGCUACAUAGGAAACUAGAUUUAAAAAAUAGGUAUACCAAAACCCAUAAUCACCAUUAUUAGGCUACUAAUUCCCUGCAUCUACUGCAAAGGAAGGAUGUAGGCCUAGUAUCUUAUGGUAUGAUUGUUUUAGGGUUGAGGAGAUAUAUAUCCUUCCAUAUCUGGAGACUUCAGAAACCUUUGCCAAAGGGCCUUGUGAGAUAUUUUGAGGUUAUUUGGUAAUCUGUUGACAAUCAACAGAUGAGACACCUGGUUACCAUCGUGACCCGGGCUCCUUCAACAACCCAAAGUUUCUAUAAACACUGAUUCUGUUCUUCUGCCCCCUCCCCUCCCCUCCCCUCCCCUCCCCUCCCCUCCCCUCCUUUCCUCCCACCUCUCCCCAGAUCUCCCAGGUUUGCGCUACCUCCACUACAUCCAGUCGCUGCGGCACGAGGCUCACCAGGCGCUCAACGAGCACAUGAAGCUGAUCCACCGGGACGACACCACACGCUUCGCCAAACUGCUCAUCACCUUGUCCAUGCUGAGGGCCAUCAGCCCCCCUGUGGUCACACAGCUCUUCUUCAAGCCCGUCAUCGGAGCUGUCAACAUGGAGGAUGUCCUACUGGAGAUGUUCUACGGGAAGUAGAUGCUUUCCAUGGUCCCGUCCAGAAACAACCCCUAGAUAUGGCCUCCUAUAAGUUCUAGGCACUUCUCCUAGCCCCUACCCCCUAGAAACUUCACCUUGCCCCUAGCCCAGGGUUUCCCAAACUCG